UAGGUAUUUCAUUCAGAUUUUACCAAUUCUCCACUUUUGGUAUUUUGUAUUGAGAAGACUGUUUGGCAACUGUCGGAAAGAUAGCCCUUAUUAAUAUAAUAUUAGUCAUGUACAUGGUUUCUGUAUGUUCUUAAUUCUGUAAAUAGAACUAUUCAAAAAAGAAACCUUACGGACAAUGACUAAAAGAAACAUAACUGAACUUUUUUUAACAUAACUAGAUUUAAUGGUUACUGGCUACUUUUAAAAAGAUUUUAUUAAAGAACAGAAGAACAACGCCAGAAGACAUAAGAAUAGAAAAUAGAAUAUCAUCCGAUAAAAAGCAAAUCAUGAGGCGCUAUUUUGAUUUCUUGCGUUUUCUAAUUUUUGUUAUAUUUUUAUUCCUUUAUACUAAUACAUGCAAUGGAGGAAAUGUGAAGAAAAGAAUGGAUACCGACGAGACCAUAAGCGACACAGAAUCCAUGGAAAUACCCCCGGAUCCCUUGGAACCUUCCGGUAACGUGUCAUUGUGUAAUACCAGACGAAAGAAUACUCAGAUACAUGAAAUUCGUCCAGCAAGUCCCGAACAAUUUCCAUUUAUGGUGGCAAUAUUGUCUCCUCGUAACGAAUACGUUUGCGCUGGGUCUAUUAUUGCAAACGGUCUGAUACUUACCACUGCAAAGUGUACUGAAUCUAUUAGUCAUGUCCUAUUAAAUACUACAAACGAUAAGAAAGACGACAGUACAAUAUCUUUACACAUAAUUAAAAGUGAGAGCUUUCCAACAUAUACUGGACCGAAAUCGACCAAAGACGUUGCAGUUAUUUACACCCAAAAACACAAUAGCACUAUUGCUACCAAAAUCAAUCUUAGCAAUUUAACGUUUUUACAUGACCUUAAUGAAAUGGAAGCUAUAGGUUUUGGAUUAAAUGCUGACGUUGGACAGGUGAAAGAAUUACAAUAUGUUGGAUUAGAUGCCAGAGAUACCAAACAAGAAGAAAUCGUUGGUUUUAUCGAUUGUAUUGAUACAAAAGUCCCUACGUGUUUUAAAGACAAAGGUGGACCUAUUAUUGUUAAUAAUGAAUUAGUUGGUUUAAUCACUAGAGGUGAAGAUGAAUGCACUAACGAAAUAAUGUCUACGUAUGCCAUAAACAAACGUAUGAUAGAUGCUUUACCAAUCUAUGUUGUUAAAAGCUGGUUAGACGAAAAAAUUGCAAAACAUACUGAACAAGGAGAGGAGGCACUACAAAGUUAUCCAAAAAAACCUGUACUUCGUAUGGAAAUGGUACAUAAACUUACCAGUUCAGGAGACAUUAAUAAAAUUAUGCAUCUUUGUUAUGUACUGAUGCUUUUCAUUUUAAGUUUCUUUUAAUUGAUUAAAACCUAAA